UAUGGUAUAUUUUUGUUAGGUGACAAUGAGAGUGGGAAAACUACCCUUAUAGCGAAAUUACAAGGUGUAGAAGACCCAAAGAAAGGUUCCGGGCUAGAAUUUGCAUAUAUUGAUGUGAGAGAUGAUUAUCGAGACGAUCACACAAGGCUGUCUGUAUGGGUUCUGGAUGGAGACCCGGGUCAUGCAAAUCUUUUGAGAUUUGCUCUGAACAAAGAGAGGUUUCCGCAUACACUUGUUAUGUUAGUCGCUGCCAUGACUACGCCAUGGGCCAUUCUUGAUCAGCUUCAAGCAUGGGCGGCAUUAUUAGGCGAUCAUAUUGACAAAUUACCAUUAGAUAAUGAUACUAGGCAACGGUGCAGGCAGCUUAAUAUUAAGAAAUGGCAAGACUACACAGAACCAGGAGAUGAACUAGAUCCUGGGAGUCCCUUGCGACGUACCAGUCGUAAUUUGGAUGAUGACACUGCUGAGAGCUUACCUUUGCCAGAAGGAGUACUUACAACCAAUUUAGGGCUAGAUGUCGUCGUUGUCAUAACGAAAACCGAUUAUAUGUCCACUCUGGAAAAAGAACAGGAUUACAAAGAUGAACACUUCGACUUUAUGCAGCAAUGGAUCAGGCGGUUUUGCUUGCAAUAUGGUGCAGGCCUCUUCUACACAUCGGCGAAAGAAGAUAAAAACUGUGAUCUGCUGUAUAAAUAUCUUACACAUAGGAUAUACUCUUUACCUUUUAGGACACCGGCGUUGGUUGUUGAGAAGGACGCAGUACUUAUACCUGCUGGUUGGGAUAACAUGAAGAAGAUUAGUAUUCUACACGAGAAUUUGCAAUCCAUGAAAGCAAACGAUUACUAUCGGGACGUUAUUGCACAACCAGCGAUAAAUCGCAAAUGCAUUGCCAGAGAAAUGGAGAUUCAAGCGGAGGAAGAGCAAGCUUUUCUCGCGCGACAGCAAGCUGCUCUAUCCGGCUUAAAAGAUCCCACUCGUUCUCCAACGACUCGGAAUCAGGCAAGCCCUGGACCAAUUAUACAGGUGGCAUCGCCGAACAAGAAGCUGGAUCCCAAGGGUGCCGGCGCGACGCCGUCCGGGGAAGGUGUCUUAGCUAAUUUCUUCAAUUCUCUCCUUUACAAGAAGACUGGAGUGCAGCCUGGUUCACCAGGAACGCCAGGCAGCGUAGGAACGAGUCCCCUGAAACUUGAGGCUACACCAGUGGAUAAGGCGACGAUGUGCAACGAUGCAGCAGCGGAAUUAGAUCGUCUCACUCGGACCAAGAAAAUUUCCCCACCCAAUUUAAACUCGUCGUCUGAAUGUUAAAGGUAACGCGCUUUUUCUUCGCGACCCUUCUUGUUGAUGGAAUGAUAAUCGAAGCUUCGCGCUGCCAUCGGAUAAAAUUAAAACAAGAAUUAAAAAUUGGAAUUCUUGUAUCGUAUUUGUUGCAAUGAAAUAGAUCGCGCAUGUACUGAAAACACAAUGAACGAGCAUAACGGUAAGAUAGGUCGUGAAGAAGUAAAAUUUAUCUCUAAUUAAUUAAUAAUAGUCUAACCUGAUAAAAUCACAAAAGAGGGAGAUUUAAAAAAGAAAAGAAGAAAAAAAAUAAAUUUAUAUAAUCUGUGUCACACAACUCUGCGACAAUCUCGAGUGUUGUGUUUGACUAAAUAUCAGACAGAAAACUAGCAAGUUAUUAAAUUAAUGUAAUUAAAAUAUUUAAUAUAAUGAUAUUAUAUCGAGAUAUAGGCUUUACGCACAUACCCCAGCGCCUGGUCAUAGUAAAUUAUUUAGCAAUCGCCCUUCGUAUAUAUACGUGAAAACGGAAACGUGUUCGCUAUAUCCACACACGAAUGCACAUCUUUUUUUUGUCUCUUCUUUGUAAGCUAAUAUUUUUAUUACGUGUUUCGUACUGGAUUAUUUCUCUUCACGAGAUAUCUCCAUGACGACUCGUCACUGCAUUCGGUCUAAUUUUUACGACAUAAGUGCCGUUAGCGCUGCGAAUGUGUUGUGCGAAUGCGUGAGAUAGUCUUUUAUACGAAUUGUUCAUAAAAUACGCGAGACCUUUUAACAGAAGACGCAGUGCAGUCUUCAUAUAUAGGAAUAGUUAAUGGUACGAGACUGGAAUGGAUGUUCAUAUCGCGCGUGUAAAUUCGAUAAUUUCUUUGUAGAUUUCAAACUGUGAGUAUCUUACUCAGCUCACGCAAACAAAUGAACAGAAAUCUGUACAUUCAGUUAUCAAUAUAUAUAAAUGUGGCUAUAUGUAUAUGAAAUUUAAAUUCUCGAAGAAAAUAAAUAAUUUUUCGUA